CUUAUCGCGCCUCUGCGUCAUUAUCUUAAGAGAGCAGUCUCCUACAACACGCUCUCAUGUAAUUUGCAAUCUCUAUCCUUUCAGUCGAGACCUGUCAGUUUAGCUCUCCAGUAUUCUAUGGACGCCAUCGACUCCCUCGGCCUCAACACCGCAAUCGCUGAGGCUCAGCAGAGCUAUGCCGAGGGCGGGAUACCCAUCGGUGCUGCCCUCGUGCAUCACGGCACCUCAAAAGAAGCACCGAAGCUUAUUGCGUGUGGGCACAAUGAGCGCAUCCAGAAGGCGUCCGCGACGCUGCACGGAGAGAUCUCGUGUCUCGAGAACGCGGGGAGACAAAAGGCAGAAUUCACAACUCUAAGCCCAUGCAUGAUGUGCACAGGCGCGAUACUCCUAUACCGCAUCCCACGCGUGGUCAUCGGCGAAAACACCAAUUUUUUGGGUGGUGAAGACUUGCUACGUACACACGGCGUUGAAGUGGUGGUCCUGAACAACGCAGUAUGCAAGGAACUCAUGACCAAAUUCAUUGCCGAGAAGCCUGAGGAGUGGAACGAAGAUAUUGGCGAAGAGAAUUCCCCUCCCGAUGCGUAAAUAACUGAAGAAAUGAAAUGAAAGUGAUCUCAGUGCCGAUGAUGCGCGCGCGCGAAACGUCUGAGGCUCUAGGCUUGGUUGGGCAGAUCAAUCC